GACAGCCAAGGCGGCCUCAGUGAAUGAACAGCCGCCGACGGGAGUAAUGUGCGUGCCGCCCUCUUGAUAUUUCCUCCUACUCUAAGUGCUACAUUUUUAAAUAUAUUUAUUGUAAUUUGCGUGUGAGGUGUGAAGAUGGUGCAGAGCUACCAGUCGCCGGUGAGGGUAUACAAGUACCCCUUCGAGCUGGUGAUGGAGGCGUACGUGCGGCGCUUCCCCAAGUGUGACAUGAUCCCCAUCAUGGCCGGCACGGACAUCAUCAGCCAGACCACCUCCAAGGACGGCGCCCUCAUCAAAGUCUCCCGCCGCUGUAAGCUGCACGUGGAGGCCCCCUACCUCCUCAAGAAGAUCAUGGGUGUGGAGUAUAUUUAUUUUGUGCAGACCAACGUCCUUGACCAAAGAAACCGAACUCUAACAAUUGAAGCUUACAAUGAGAGCUUUUCUUCACGCGUUGGUAUCAUUGAGAAUUGCCGCUAUACGGUUCAUCCAGAGAACAGUGACUGGACAUGUUUUGAGCAAACAGCUACUUUGGAUAUAAAGUCAUUUUUUGGAUUUGAAAGUACUGUGGAGAAGAUUGCUAUGAAACAGUACUCACAAAACAUAUCAAAGGGAAAAGAAAUUAUUGAAUAUUUCAUCGAGGAACUUCGUAAAGAUGGUAUCACACAUUUGCCACGAUGGGAGGAGCCAUCUCAAAAGACAGUACCAGAAAUUUGCAUCACUAAAGACAGCAAGAAACUAGAGAACGAGUCGGAUAGCAGUUCGGAGGAAAUGGAAGGACGUGACCGCACCAGCAGCACACCGUCCACUGGCUCCAGGGAGCUUCAACUGGGAGCGUCUGCCACAAAUCUACCAAUCAUUGACAAGAUCAAUCUUCAUGAAGGUGAUGCUUUCAUGACAGAUAGAACAUACAUUAAAUGGUGCCUUGGUAACCUAGUUCCAGAAGAAGUGGAUAAUAGCAGAACAGAUCGGGAUAAUAACAAGCUGGAUGCAGAUUACAUUAAGAGAUGUCUAGGAGACUUGACCCCCUUGCAAGAGUCUCGGUUAAUACAGCUCAAGAAGUGGGUCGCUGAACUACAGAAAGGAAAGGUUCCAAGUGAUAGUUGCUUGUUGAGAUUCUUACGAGCAAGAGACUUCAACAUUGAGAAAGCACGAGAGAUGCUGAGUCAUUCACUCAUAUGGAGAAAAAGGAACCAGAUUGAUAAGAUGAUGAGCGAGUACCAGGCACCCCAAGUGGUGAAGGACUACUUCCCCGGAGGCUGGCACCAUCAAGACAAGGAGGGUCGGCCAUUAUAUCUCCUGCGUCUAGGCCAGAUGGAUGUCAAAGGUUUGGUGAAGUCUGUUGGUGAAGAAGGACUUCUUAAACAUACUUUGCACAUCUGUGAGGAGGGUCUUCGUCUGACAGAGGAAGCUACAGUCAGUCAAGGAUGUCCCGUGACAACGUGGACACUUCUUGUGGAUCUGGAAGGUCUCAACAUGCGUCAUCUCUGGAGACCUGGCAUCAGAACUCUUCUCAAAAUUAUUGAGAUUGUGGAAGCAAAUUAUCCCGAGACAAUGAGCUGCGUUCUUAUCAUUCGUGCUCCACGUGUGUUUCCAAUCCUCUGGACUCUAGUGUCAACCUUCAUUGAUGACAAUACCAGGUCAAAAUUUCUGUUUUAUGGAGGAAAUGAUUACCAAGGUUCUGGUGGCUUGAUAGACUACAUGCCAAAGGAAAAUAUUCCCGACUUCUUGGGAGGAGAUUGUAAGCGAGGCACUCUCUCUCGCUGUGGCCCCGUACCAGAGUCCUUGUACACACUCGUGUACCCAGACCAGCUGGAGCUUAGCAGUGUUGUGCACGAGGGUGGCCUGGUACCCAAGAGCAUGUACCAACCAGGAGAGGACGUGGACGGCACCAGACAGCACAUCCCACUCUCUGACCAGUCCAUCUAUCACUCGGUCUCUUUGGCCCGUAGUCAGGUGCAUGAGGUUGUGUUGCUCAUAGAGGAACCAGGAUCGGUCAUAUGUUGGGAUUUUGAUGUAAUGAAGAAUGAUGUAUCUUUCUCUGUCUUGCGAACUAAAGUUCCCAUAACACAUCGGCCAGAGACGCAGUCUCCAACUGGAGCAAUGGGAGUUAUUGAUGCAGUAAUGGGCAGUGACGAUCAACACCGCUCUGCUAUUGAGAAAACUUGGCGGGAAGGUCACGAAUACUUCCGUGUUGAGCCUCAACUGAUCUGCCACGAUGGAGAGAGCAUACAGUAUCAUGAGAGAACGGGGCAUGAAGGCUGCGGAAUGGACCAUCAACCUGUGUAUCAUGAAGGCGAGAGCAUACAGGGUUCUCAUGUUACCUCACACAUGGGCACAUACAUACUGCAGUGGCGUUAUUAUGAGUCAAGCCAGCACACAUCUCCACUUGAUAUAAUUGAUUCCAUAACAGCACCCAAGUCUAAAAUUAUGUACUACUAUGAGACACUCAAGUCAGCAGACUAUAGGGGCUCCAUGACCAGCCUACAGUCAUGCCAAAGUGGUUUCUCAUCUCUCUCUUCCAAUACCAACAAGUCUGCAACUUCCUCUUGUCCAUCUCGCUGACCCUGAGUUAAACUGGUUAUGAUGCAUCAUAUUAAUCUUUAUCAAGAUCUCUCUUAGCUGCAUUUUUUCCCACCAUAUUACAUUACUGGUUGCUAGCAGUUUCAGAUGACAUUGUCCCCCAAAAAUACAGUCAGAGUGCAGUACAUUCGGACAUAGUAAUGGGAUGCUCACUUUGUUAUAUCAAGCUCUGGAUUUUCAAGUCUUGCUUAUUAAGCUGCCUCAAAGUGGAAUAAGACAUAAGAAAUAUCUGUUUCAGCUAAGAGUUUCAUUGUGUAGCAUUUUAGAACAAUCAGAAUAGUAUGGGAAGCUUUCUGAAUUUAUAUUAGUACUGUAAAAGAAUCUGUUGUAAUUUUUUAAAAGCUUUAAUGAUUUAAUUGACUAAAAGCAGACUAAAAGCUACAGUAUUUUUAAGUGAUAUGUUCAGGGAUCCAAGUAAAAAAAUCUUAGAAACAUGCAUCUUUUUAUCUUUUAGAUACACAUACAAGAUUCUCACAGUUAUUGAGAUAGUAUGAUAAAAAAAUAAUUGCUUGAAUAAAAGCUGUAUGAUAUGCAAGUGAUAACUGAGAAACAAUCACUCAAAAGAUUGUUAAAGCAUAUUAAAACAAUUGGAAUUGCCAAAAAGGAAUACUCUACUGCAAACUUUAUUGGUGAUAAUGAAACAAAUAGCAUAUAUGUAGGAUCCUCUAUGCAGGCUGUUGAAAUAAUUGGUUAGUGAGCAUUAUUAGCCCCUUUCCAUAAUAUGAACGUCUUGCUUUUCAUUUACUAUUUACACGAGGCCCAAUAACUCCUAUCCUUGUGAUUUAUGGGCAGGGUACAAAAUGUCAGCUACUGUCUUUGGAGUGUCCAUAGUGUAACUUAAUCUUAGUGUGUGCAACAACAUAUCUUUUGUGCAAGACUUUUUUUCACCUGAAUCAUAAAACUUGUAUUAUGUUACCAAGUUUACAAAGCUCAUAUAUAAUACAUAUAUAUCUAUAUAUAUACUGAUAUUACAUUAAUUUCGUAAUCAUAUAUGAAAAUCACUAUUUUUUAAAAUAUGAAGGAAAAAUCCCUCCGGAAUACCUCUUGGCAUAUACCUCGGUAAUGAGCUUUUUUGUACAUUUAAAUGUACAAGCAUAAUUUCCUUAUACAGUAUAGUUUAAAGGAAAUGUGUGAGGAUUGAUCUGUUAGCUUUUCAGCAAAAAUUUUUGGUUCAUAUACAGUAAUCAGGAUUAAAACUUCUCAAUAAUAUAUAAUAUUUGCUCAAUUUCAUGGUACAAUAAAAUUAUUAUGAAUUCAUCAUAGAUGUAAGAGAGGGAUCAGAUUGUGUAGGUAACAAAGAGGCAGAUCCUGUAGACGAGAGGAAGACGGUCAAGCACUGUUUAAUCUUUAGAUACUUGGUUUUGCACUUUGCAUUUGUCCCUUAAUUACAAAAUUACAAAAAGGCAAUCACUAUAAGAGGAAAAAAUAUUUAAGGAUCAAGGUUAGCUACACUACUACUCUUUGAAUGACUAAUAGUGUUAAAAUUAUUUGUGAAGUGUCUUAUAAGCAUGAUCCUUGAAAAUUCUAGAAGUAUCUGCUAACGAGUCAUUGAAAUUUAGUCAAGGUUUUUGGAGGAUGAGCCUCUGUGCGUCUUCCAUAAAGAUAACACGACUCGUGCCACCAACACGGCUAGUCCUCACACAACUAAUGUAUACAGGUAAUUAAUGUUAUGUAAUGCUAUAUCAAAGAAUUUCCAUAUAUUUUGAAACAUUGUUGGUCAUAGUAUAGAGCAUCACAUAGAUGGAGUAUUUUUGCUUGUGUGCAAAUACUUAAGAAUACCCAGUUAUGUCAGUAUGCAUGUGUGUGUAUAGACAUAUAUGACUGAGAGUUGGUGCAGUGCACCAAAGUCCAUUUUGUAGAAUAAUUAUUUCCCAGUGAAACAUCCUAGAGUGUAUGAAGUAUACAAAUGUCUUUGCAUGUUACCUUGCAGGCAGCACCCUACAGCAAACGUCCAGUUGUACUUGAUUUUCUGACUGUAAAGGUUCAGAAAUGUAAAACUGGACAGUAUCUUGUAAAGACAAAAGAAACCUGCAGUAUAUCUCCCUAUCUAGCUAUUGUCAGACUGAACAUCUUGUCUAGUCUGACUGUAAUUUGAUAGUAAUUUUAUUAAUAUAUAUAUAUUGUUGAUAUUGCUGAUAUAAGUAAUGUAUGAUACAUAAUGUGUAGCCCAUUUGUAUGGAAAUUAUAUAAAAUAGUAUAAUUUACUUUGCUUCUUAAAUUGCUACCAAAUGAUCAAUUACUCGUAAUCAUUUUACUCUUUGCAUAGUCAUUAUAAAUGCCAAAAUUUUAAAUAAAACGGAUUAUUUAUAUUUUAAUACAUGUUUUUAUGGAUACUGUAGCAUUUUUUAAUUGUGGCAUUCCUAUUAGCACAACGUCCUUGAAAUGAGCACUCUAUUGCCAGGACUGUGAACCUUUGGUGUACCAAUGAAACAAGCUGCAGAUGUAAUAUAUUUCUAGUUCAUUGAACAUAACAGUAUGUGAACCCCUCCACUUCUAAAAAAUGUUUGUGUAAUGUAUGAGUGGUCUUUUAGCUGACAUGUGGCUGCUGUUUUCAUCUGCAAAAUACUUGUAAACUCUAACAUUAGCAAGAAUAUUUAUGAUAAAGUUACUAGCAAUCGGAGGAGAUCAGUAGUUUCCUUUAAUACGGCUGCUUCUGUUAUAAUAUUUACCAAUGUAAAAGCCUGCUGUAGUUUGUUACAUUAUAACACUUACAUGUCUUUGAUUUAGUUAGGUGAAAAGAGAAGCCUUUGUUAGUCAUGUUUCCACAUCACCCAAGUUUUUCUUUCUGCUUGGCAUAUAAUUCCUAGUUAUGUAAUUUUGUGUUUGUCUGCAGUGUGUAUAUAUUAUGUACAUACAUAUAUAUUUUUCAAGUUAAUGAACAAAAGAUGGAUCUGCCUUGUUAUUCUCAAGUGUUGCACCAAUACUGAGAAGAUUGGUGCAAAUAUAGUAGAUAAUUUGUUUAUCAAUCUUACUAGGGAAAGUUGAAUCCAUUAGGGUUUUAAAUCUGUAUUUAUGAUAAUUUGGUGAAUCUCGGUACCAGUGUUCAUUAUUACAGAACUAGUAGUAGUUUUACAAAAAAAAUUAAAUCAAACUGUACAUUACAUGACAUUCAUCCAUUACGAUACUGUUCACAGUACUAAUGCUUCAAUGAGAGAACAUUCAUUGCACUUUGCUGUCUAGUCUGAUGUAUGAGGGUAAGAUGCUUGAUCUAAAUAAUUAAUCCUUUAUAUUUUGACUUGAAUGGCAUUGCACCUAUUAUGUAACAUAUCAAGAUGACUGCUCAUAGUUCACUUAAUUCUUGCUGUUGUUUAACAAUAGUUGAGAGACGAAUUACUGCCUAUUAUAAUUGUGCAAUGUUGAUGAGCAAUAAAAGUGUGAAAUUAUGUAUAAUAGAUACAUUUUAAAGUUAGAAACAGUAAACAUAUAUAUUUUUUGUUGAGUAUUUGAUUGCAGAAAAUACCUGAAUCCAGAUAAUGCUCUGUAGGAUUUUAAAUAAGAUUGUUAUAUGCAAUAUUCCUGUCUUUGUGCACUACAGUACAGUAUUUGCCUUUCCUUUUAAUUUUGUAAAACUGUUUCAACUCGUAAGUGUGUGUCAACUAUAUUGAAUUAAAACUUUAUUAUUGAUGUACAUCGUUGUCUAGAAAUCUCCCUGGAAAUGAGCAGGCGCACACGCGAAGGAUCCUGGUGCAGGCGCACACGCGAAGGAUCCUGGUGCAGGCGCACACGCGAAGGAUCCUGGUGCAGGCGCACACGCGAAGGAUCCUGGUGCAGGCGCACACGCGAAGGAUCCUGGUGCAGGCGCACACGCGAAGAAUCCUGGUGCAGGCGCACACGCGAAGAAUCCUGGUGCAGGCGCACACGUGAAGGAUCCUGGUGCAGGCGCACACGUGAAGGAUCCUGGUGCAGGCGCACACGUGAAGGAUCCUGGUGCAGGCGCACACGUGAAGGAUCCUGGUGCAGGCGCACACGUGAAGGAUCCUGGUGCAGGCGCACACGUGAAGGAUCCUGGUGCAGGCGCACACGUGAAGGAUCCUGGUGCAGCCGCACACGUGAAGGAUCCUGGUGCAGGCGCACACGUGAAGGAUCCUGGUGCAGGCGCACACGUGAAGGAUCCUGGUGCAGGCGCACACGUGAAGGAUCUUGGUGCAGGCGCACACGUGAAGGAUCCUGGUGCAGGCGCACACGUGAAGGAUCCUGGUGCAGGCGCACACGUGAAGGUUCCUGGUGCAGGCGCACACGUGAAGGAUCCUGGCGCAGGCGCACACGUGAAGGAUCCUGGCGCAGGCGCACACGUGAAGGAUCCUGGCGCAGGCGCACACGUGAAGGAUCCUGGCGCAGGCACACACGUGAAGGAUCCCGGCGCAGGCACACACGUGAAGGAUCCCGGUGUAGGCGCAGGUGUAGGCUAGGUCUCGGCCUGGAAAUCCUGCAUUGUAAAACAGCAGUUAUUAAACAAUGGCAGGGGCUUUAUUUGCAUUCUUAAAUCAAAUCAUACAUAACUUAUAGGCCUAUUUUUACCUAAGUGAAUUAAAGUUUACUUUUUCGAGCAAUUACAAUGUUUCGACGACUGUCCUAGAGUACAAAUUUUUUGGUAUACGACAUCAAAUUCAUCAUAAAAUUUGAAUUGGUGUACAGCAGUUUACUUGAGACAUCUGAUCGUACGCGUAUGGGUCGAACGAGCACGUGGUGCUGGGGGGCACAGGGUGAUGCGUACUCGGUUUGUUUACAGGUCGAUCCCGCGUAGUGACGACCAUGGCCGCGCUUAAAUUCUUUGUAAAGAAUUUCACUGUUUACCUUUUUUUUUUCUUUCAUAAAAAUUCUUAUAUAUCACGCCAUGGAUCCCAAGAAAGUCAGUGGUAAAGUUCAGCCUAAACUUUUGUUGAAAAGGUUCGCCCAAAUCAAGCAGGCCGUUGUGUUAAUCUUUUUAAUGACAAUGUGAUGUCUCGCUUCUGACAAGUUUUACAACGUUGGCAAAAACAAGUGUCACUAGACAUAUUUUUAGUGAGGAAAACAAGCAGUGAGCCACAAGCAGGUCCUAGUGGUAUGCAGACAAAACGUAGGAAAGAAUACCCCAGAGAAAUCAUCACUGCCUGAUGUUAUACUAGAAGGGGACUCCCCUUCCAAACACUUGACACCUCUCCUCACUAUCUUCCGUACACCAACAAGUCCUCAUUCAAGGUAAGAUGACCAUACUGUAUUGUAGCUAGUACAAAAUGCGUUGUUUGGUAUAAAAUGUAUUUUCAAGUUAAUAUUUUUGGGGGGUGGGAAUGGAUGAAUUCAAUUUACAUUAUUUCUUAAGGAAAAAUUUGUUUUGAUUGCCGACACGUCUCUGGGAACAGCUUACAAUUGUAAACGAAGGUACCACUGUACUCGUAUUCAUGUCUUAUGCUGCAUGUAUAUGACAGUUUUUUAACAAUUAGAAACUUUAUUGCAAGAUAAAUUGGUAGAUAUCUCGCUUGGAAACAUUUCUAAAGAAAAAUGAACUUGACUAAGGUCACUUUACGUUGGUUGAAAAUAUUAGUGAUAAAUGUAUUUUUUUAAGAUAAACAUUAAUCAUUUUAAGUACAUUAUCCAGUUGAAUAUUUCAGUUUUCUAGUUCUUGCCAUAAAACAUGAAAAUUCCCAUUACAUUAACUGGUUAUUGCAUUAUCUGGAUGUCAGAAAAUAGAAAAAAAAACCUGUAAAAUAACAAUAUAUUUCUUGUUUAACAAUGUACUUAUCAGGGUGAUAGUGUAGUGAAUUAAUUGCCCUUGUAAUAGGACAAAUUAAAAGGUAUUAAAGUGUG